GAUGCCCAUCUCUCUCUCUUUUUGCUCAAGGAUCUAUUUUGUUCCUUAUCGUCUUGCUUUGCCCUUCCAUUACUUUCUCGCUUAGGAAGCAGAUUUUCCACCAGCCAAGAAAGAGAGAUAAAGGAGUCGCCAGAAGAUUGCAAACCCUAGCAAGAAGUUGAAGAACAACUCUCCCAUCAUCGUCUCUCUGAUUCAAGCCCUAUAAUUCAUUUGCUGCGCCCAGGGACUGUAUAUUUUCGCUCUAAAGGGAUUGGAGUGUUAGUUCGUGGGGUUCUUAUACUCGGUGUUCAAUCUUUGAGCUUUGUUUGUAUGGUUUUAGGCCUUGCAAACCUCUGUUCAGGUCUGUGAGGUGAACUUUGGUGUUCGAAUUUGCCUGCCCAGUGAUCUGGUUUUGAAGGUAGUUGGAAUCGGAGUUGGCUGCGGUGGUGGGCGCGAGGUUCGAGGGUCUAUCCUGGUUUUGUGUGUGUGGGGCACCCUCUGUUCGUGGUUGCUCAUGCAAUUUUCUUGCUUUUCAUGCCGCCAGAACCUUUGCCGUGGGACAGGAAAGACCUCUUCAAGGAGAGGAAACAUGAGAAGUCGGAGGCCCUAGGGUCUGCGGCUAGAUGGAGGGACUCUUAUCAUGGAUCUCGCGAGUUCAACCGAUGGGGUUCUUCUGACUUUCGAAGACCUACUAGUCAUGGUAAGCAGGGUGGUUGGCACCAGUUCUCCGAAGAUUCUAGUCACGGGUAUGGGCCUUCUCGGUCAUUCAGUGACAAGAUGCUGGAAGACGAGAGCUUCCGGCCGUCAGUUCCUCGUGGAGAGGGAAAAUAUAUUAGAAUCGGUAGAGAAAGUAGAGGUUCUUUUAGUCAUAGAGACUGGAGAAGUCAUUCCAGGGAGACCAACAAUGAAUUCACAAACCCGUCUCGAAGGCCAUCGCAGGAUGUGAGUUCUGAUCAGAGGUCGGUAGAUGAUACGGUGACAUAUUCCUCUCCUCAAUCUGAUAUUAUGAAUGCGUCUGAUCAAAUUCAUUCUAAGGACCGUAACGAAAAGGUUGGUGGUGUUUGUGGGUUAGAAAAUGGCCCAAGGUCUGAUGUGGAGAUUUCCCUAAGCUCCACUGAAUGGAAGCCUCUUAAGUGGUCUAGAUCUGGGAGUUUGUCUUCACGGGGAUCUGCUUACAGCAGUUCAACAAACGCAAAGAAUGAAAAGGCUGAUUUACCUCUUAGAAUUGCAUCUCCAAUAGAAAGCCCUUCUGCUGAAGCUACGGCCUGUGUGACAUCUUCUCUGCCUUUUGAGGAGACCGUUUCUAGGAAGAAGCCAAGGCUUGGAUGGGGCGAUGGAUUAGCAAAGUAUGAGAAAGAAAAAGUUGAGGUUCCUGAUAAUAGUAUGAGAAAAGAAGGGGCUCUUCUUUCAAGUAGUAGUGCCGAAUUAACUCAUUCUCUUGGUUCAAGCUUUACUGAGAAAAGCCCCAAAACUUUGGCCUUUUCAGAUUGUGCUUCUCCUGCAACUCCAUCCUCUUUUGCUUGUAGUUCAUCAUCUGGCUUGGAGGAAAAACCAUUUAAUAAGACAGCAAGUGUUGAUAACAGCACUGGCAUUAUAUGUAGUUCACCUGGGCCUGGUUCACAAAAUCAGCUUCAGAAAUUCUUGUUUAGUUUAGAGAAGGUGGAGAUUAGUUCCGUUGCUAAUUUAGGAUCAUCGCUUGUUGAACUAUUUCAUUCUGACGAUCCAAGUUCAGUAGAAUCAUGUUUUGGGAGGUCUACAUUGAAUAAGCUGCUAGCAUAUAAAAGUGAAAUUUCAAAGACAUUGGAGAUGACUGAAUCUGAAAUUGAUUUACUUGAAAAUGAACUUAAGUCUUUGAAAUCCGAAAAUGGAGGAAAUGUUUCUCAUCCAAAAUCUUGCAGUGGCAUGCAUUUGGUGGAGAGUGCUAUAUAUUCCAAAGAACGAGAUGGUGUCUCUAGUAUCCCCCCUCGUCCUGCUCCGUUGGAAAUAGUUUCUUCUUCUGAUGCAACAGUUGAGAAGAUGCCAGUCUGCAAGGGUGACAUGGCAGUUGAAGACGUUGAUGGGAAGGAUGCAGAAAUUGAUAGUCCCGGAACUGUGACAUCAAAAUUCAAUGAACCACACCGUGUUGUAAAGGAUGUCGGUUCUAAUCUUUUGGAAACUGAUCAUUGCCGUGAAGUUACAGAUGCAGUUCUACCUGACAAGAUGGAACGACAGCUUCCUGUAUAUGGGCCUUUUGUGGUGGAUGAACAUAAAACAGUUGGCUUUGGUAACAAACGCUCUCUUGAAAAGAGUUGUACUGGUGAAUUCAUUUAUGGUGAUUUGACGGCACGAGCUGAUAAUGGAUCUUCUAUUUCUGAUCUAAUUUUUGCAUGUAAUAAAAAACAUGCAAGUAAGGCUGCAGAAGCAAUCUUUAAGGAAUUGCCAACAGAGAAGUGCAAGAUUAGUUCUCAAAGCACUAAAAUUGUCUCCUGCUCAGAGUCCGAGAAGCUACUCAAAGAGAAAUUUGCAAUGAGGAGGCAGUUUUUAAAAUUUGAGGAGAGUGUAUUAACCCUUAAAUUUAAAGCCUUGCAACACUCAUGGAAAGAAAAGUUGCUGCAUUCUGUGAAGAAAUGUCGUUCAAGGCCUCAAAAAAAGGAAUUGAGUUUAAGGGUGACACUUUCUGGCUAUCAGAAGUACAGGUCUUCAGUUCGCUCCCGUUUUGUUCUGCCAGGAGCGUGUCAAAAACCAGCCCCUACCAAAGAUACUCUUAGUUAUUAUAGCAAGCUGCUGUUGAAUCCACGAGUUAGGCUUUACAGGAAUAUUUUGAAGAUGCCUGCUCUGAUUUUGGACAAGAAGGAAAAGCUGGCAUUAAGGUUCAUCUCUCAUAAUGGGUUAGUUGAAGAUCCCCUUGCUGUUGAGAAGGAAAGGAACAUGAUAAACCCUUGGACUCCAGCCGAGAGAGACAUAUUCUGGGAAAAAUUGUCUUUGUUUGGGAAGGAUUUUAAGAAAAUUUCUUCAUUUCUUGACCUCAAGACUACAGCAGACUGUGUUGAGUUCUAUUACAAAAACCACAAAUCCGACAGCUUUAAGAAAAGUAAGAAUUUGGAGUUGGGCAAGCAAGGGAAAUCAUCCACCACUACAUACUUGGUAACAUCAGGGAAAAAAUGGAACCCAGACAUGAAUGCUACUUCCCUGGACAUGUUGGGUGUUGCUUCAGUAAUGGCAGCACAAGCAGACAACAUUGAAAAUCAACAGAAAUGUUCUCGCCGUUCGGCCAUGGGAGGGAGCGUUGAGUCUAAAGUGUCAUGGAGUGCUGACUGCAUUCCUGCAAAUAAAAACAAUUUUGAUGCUCUUCAAACCGAAAAGGAAACAGUUGCUGCCGAUGUGCUUGCUGGUAUAUGUGGUUCACUUUCUUCAGAGGCCAUCAGUUCUUGCAUUACGAGUGCUAUUGAUCCCAAUGAAGACUACAGGCAGCGGAAGUGCCAUAAAAUGGAGUCUGCAGUGAAACUGCCUUCAACAUCCGAUAUCAUGCAGAAAACUGAUAAUGAACCUUGUUCAGAUGAUAGUUCUGGAGAUGUAGAUUCUACAAAUUGGACCGAUGAGGAGAAGUCUAUCUUCAUGAAGGCAGUGUCAUCCCAUGGUAAGGAUUUUGAUAUAAUCUCAAGAUGUGUCAGAUCAAAGUCUAGGGACCAGUGCAAGGUUUUCUUUAGCAAAGCUCGGAAAUGCCUUGGACUGGAUUUGAUGCAUUCUUCUGGAGAUGUAGGAACACCUGGGAGUGAUAACGAUGCAAGCGGGACUGACACAGAAGACCACUGUGUUGUGGAAACAUGUGGAGCCCGUAGUAGUGAUGAAGUUGGCUCCAAGUCAGCAGAUGGCUUAUCAACAUCUGAUAACAUAAAUCGUGAAGAAUCUGUUUCUGCUGUGAUUGCCAACAUACAGACUAGUAGUGAAGUGGUGGAAAGCACAGCAUUGCAUCAGUCAAAUGGUGAAGGUGUCGAGGCUGUCGGAAAUUCAGUUUGUGAUGCCUUUGAGGAAGAGGAUGUGCCAAAUCUAGAUUCUGAUCCUGUCUGUAGUCUCAUAAAUGCCGUUGCUUCUUCGAGCCAUCCAGUGCAUGACUAUAAGAUCGAAGAUUUUGCUGACAAUACCGAAGCUGGAAGUAAUCACAGUAAUGAACCUGAUGUUCUGAAAUCUGAAUCUGCUGUGUCCAUAGGAGAUGAAAGUUCAGCUGCUGUGAGUGAAAACAGAGCUACAGCAAAGCUUGCAUUUGGAGGGGAAGAAAAAGCAACCAACACCAAUUCUCGUGGUCAAAGUAUAUUACAGUGCUCGGUUCAGGAUUCAACUGGACUUGUUUCCAAUAUUGCUUUAGAUGGAAGGUCUUUGGGACUUGAUCCACAAAUUUCACGUCCAAACAUUUUAAAAGUGGAUUCUUUAGAGAAGUCUUGUACCAAGUCUGGGGAGAGUUCUCCUGUUGGCAGAAAUUCUGAUCAUGGUGUCAUUAAAGUGGAACCAACGCCUGAUCAAGAUUUAUUGUCAUCAAAUCUUGUUUUACAGGAGGUUCGAGAUGCGCCCCAGAAACCUAUGAAAAGUGAUGAAUAUGCUGAACCCCAAAACAGUUUGUUGCACCAUGCUGAAUCAUCAGAGUUUCCUUGCAGCUACCCUUUCAAUAAACCAAUCAUUGAGGACAUAAAUAGAAAUAUCAAUCACACAUAUUUUCCUGGUGUUCAAGGGCUGUCAAAGCCAGACAUCAGUUGUAACAGUACAUAUGCUCCCGAGGACUUCUAUCUUCAAAACUGUAGCAGUUCCAAGCUGCGUCACCCAGUGGCUGAGCUUCCUUUUUUGCGUCAGAAUGUUGAACCGGGUCAUGAUCAUCAGAAAAAUGGUUCACACAGUGGCAGUGCUUCAGAUUCUGACGUUCCACGGAGGAAAGGUGAUGUGAAACUGUUCGGUCAGAUACUAAGCCAUGCGCCUUCCCAGUCAAAUUCAACUCCUUGUUCUAGCGAGCAUGGAGAGAAAAAGGGACCUCACAAGUCGAGCAGUAAAUCAUACGAUAUGGAAGAGAAUAUACUGUUACGAAGUUACGGGUUUUGGGACGGAAACAGAAUACAGACUGGGCUAUCGGCUUUGCCUGAUUCUGCUAUUUUACAGGCCAAGUAUCCUGCUGCAUUUAGUGGCUACUAUUCUGCAGCUUCUGCUAAAACUGAACAGCAGCCAUUGCAGGCACUUUCAAAUAGUGGUGACCGAAGCCUUAAUGGAGUGGUGUCAGCUUUUCCAACAAAGGAUGGAGUGGUUGAUUAUCAGUCGUAUAGAAGUCGAGAUGCUGCGAAGAUGCGGCCUUUUCCAGUUGAUAUAUUUUCCGAGAUGCACAGAAGAAAUGGGUUGGAUGCUCUGUCGUUGGCGAGUUUACAGCAGCAGGGAAGGAUGCUUGUAGGAAUGAAUGUUGUUGGGAGGGGAGGGAUUCUCAUGGGCAGUUCUUGUACUGGUGUUUCGGAUCCUGUGGCAGCCAUUAAAAUGCACUACGCCAAGGCCGAGCAGUACGUCGGGCAACCUGGUAGCACUCUCACCAGAGAGGACGGGAGUUGGAGAGGAGGUAAUAAUGGAGAUUUAGGCAGCAGAUAGUAGAUGUGCACCGAGGGCCCCUGCCAUCGUCGGAAAGAUGCCCUCGAGAGGCAGAUCCGUUGAUUUGCCGUGCCUGUAUGAUAAAUUAGUCUUGGUUCAAGAUAAAAAAGAAAAAGAAAGAAAAAAGUGGUAGGGUAGGAGUAAUUUGAACCAAUGGGUUCUGAAAAAGAAAAUCCAUCUUUUUGGUUGAAAAAAAGAAGAGAUUUUAGGGGAUUGUAAUAUUGUAGCAGCUUUUGUAUUUGAUUGCAACACAGAAAUAAUCUUCUGAAAAUGGGAGCAGCCAUAGUUACAGCUCCUCUUACAGGUGGAUUCUUCAACUCUCAACUCUUUGAUAACCUAACCUACCUGACUUCUUGACAUUAUCCAGUGGAGGUUAGUAGUUUUGGUCAGCUUCCUUUUUUGACAUUUUUCUUAUACCUUGUUGUAUGAUUAUUACGGUUUAGGGGUUAUUUUGGUAAAUUUUGCUUAUAAUAUAUAAUAGUCAGCAAGAUUUGUAUUGUACCAUA